GAUUAUAUUGAUGCAUUAGUUGAUAGUUAUAAAUUGCAAACAUCAAUUAAUUUAUUUCCAUUAUAUGAAGAAAAAAAAUAUGUUCCGAAAACAACACGUUCACGUUUAAAUCCUAAUUGGCGUGAACAUCGUAUACGACAUUUAAUGAAUAAAUUAGAAGAAUUAAGUUUAUGGGAUCGUGAAGAAGAAUUAAAAGUAUCACAAGCUCAAUUUUUACGUGAACAAAAAUUAGAACAAAUACAAGAUCGUCAACGUAAUAAUAAUUUAUGUUUACGUUUAAUGCGUCAAAGACAUGAAAGUGAAAUGGAAAGUGCUGUCUUAUUAGAUCAAGUAGCAAAUAAUAUUAAUAACGAACAUAUUAAUGCAACAAUUGCACAAACAAUGAAAUUAACAUCAAAAUCUAAUAUUUUCAAUAAUGAUUUAUCAAUACCAUCUUAUAAUCUUAAACGACGUCUUCAUCAAGAUCAAGAGAAACUAUCUAAUUUAAAAACACCCAUUGGUCGUUAUCGACAAUUUGAAACAAAUAUGAAUGAUAAACUUGAAAAAAUUAAUGAAAAAUUACAACCAGAUCGAGAAAUAAUGCGUGCAUAUAAUCCAUAUUAUACAUCAAUACCAAAAACAGUUGUACCAUUAUUUAGUGAAACAUAUGCAUCACUACUUUCAAUACCUGAUAUAUAUUCAUCGAAUCGGUAUAAUCAAAGACAUUAUAGUUCAAGUCCAAAUUUAUGUCAAUCACCACAACAUGCAUCUAGUCCUGAUUAUGAAACACGUGCUCGAUCUUAUUCAAAUCGUGAUGUACGUGUACCAUUAAAAGAAGAAAGUGAUGAAAGUGAUGAUGAUAAUAAUAAUAAUCAUGAUAACAGUGAUGGUGAUGAUGAUUAUCAUAAUUAUUCACGAAUAAAUUAUGAUCCACCAAAACGAUCAACAAGUUUAAUAUCAACUACUGCUUCAUCAUUAUAUGAUUGUUCAUUAAUUCAUUCUCGUCAACCAAUAUCAAAUAAUAUUCAUCAACGAAGUCUGAAUGAUGACCUUAAUACAUUAACAUAUUAUUCAGAUGAAAUAAAUAAAAAAAAAUUACAGAAUAUUCCUGAAAUAUCAACAAAAAAACGUGUUGCAUUUAAUAAACAUGAUGAUGAUGAAGAUAAUUUUAAUUAUAAUAAAUCAUCAAAAACAAUGUAUCAACCUGCAAUAAUAUCACUUUCAUCACUUUAA